GACUACCAGAAGGUUUACAAUGCCAUUGCUGCGAUCAUCGAGGAUGAGAACUACGACGAUGGUUCCUACGGCCCCGUCUUCCUCCGUCUCGCCUGGCACGCCUCGGGUACUUACGACAUCAACUCCAAGGACGGUGGCUCGAACUAUGCGACCAUGCGCUACAAGCCUGAGGCUGGUCACGGUGCCAACGCUGGUUUGGGAAUUGCCCGUGAGCGUUUGAACCGUGUCAAGGAUCAGUUCCCUGAGAUCUCCUAUGGCGAUCUCUGGACCUUGGCCGGUGUUGCCGCCAUUCAGGAGUUGGGUGGUCCUACUGUGAACUGGAGACCUGGCCGUAUUGACGGCGAGGAGAACCACUCUCCCCCAGAUGGCCGUCUCCCCGAUGCUGGCAGAGCCGAUGGUCAGCAUUCCCGUGAUGUCUUCUACAAGAUGGGCUUCAACGACCAGGAGAUCGUCGCCCUCCUCGGAGCUCACGCCUUGGGACGCUGUCACCGCGACCGGUCCGGCUUCGAUGGCCCCUGGACCGCCUCGCCCACGGUCUUCACCAACGCCUUCUACACCGAGCUGUUGGGUCGUAAGUGGGUCGAGCGCAAGUGGUCAGGUCCUAAGCAGUUCGAGGACAAGGAGUCAAAGUCUUUGAUGAUGUUGCCCGCGGAUAUGGCCAUGGCCAAGGACAAGGAGUUCCGCAAGUGGGUCGAGGUCUACGCCAAGGACGAGAAGAAGUUCUUUGAGGACUUUGCAAAGGUUGCCCAGAAGCUGUUCGAGCUCGGUGUU